CGGGAAGGUUGUGGCGGUCGGCCGGCCGUUCCUGCCGCGCACAUGGCCGCCCGCCUCGCCCACCCCCGCUGGCGCGCAGGCGCCGGGCGAGCCGGGACUUGCGGUCGCCGAGAGCGGAUCAUUCCGCCGCUUUCUUUGUGUAGCCGAAGCGCUACGCUGACAGGCUUUCCUCAGCUGCCGAACCAACGUGAAAAAACCACCGAGCACACGCUUUGAGCCCCCGGGGGUCCCCGCCCGGUCGAUGGGAGCGGGAUCCGCCCGUGCGCGGCGAGGGGCGGACCAGCUCCGGGCGAGGGCCUGACGAGGGCCGGGUCCGGGAGGGAUGCUGGGAGGUGCGCCUCCCUCGCACACCAUGUGUCCCUCCGCGCGCAGCACGGGGGACUUUUCGGUGGGGAUUUUGGGCGCCGACCAGACGCGGCAUUUUCGGAAAAUAGCGCCCUGUGCAGCUCCAGCGCUUUGUGUGUAGCGAGGUAGCGUCAGCCCGGCCGGGUACGAGGCGCCCUCGGGUCCCCUCGCACCACCUCCUGCUGCUCCCCGGUCGCCGCUCCCGAAGCUUUUCCAGAUGUCCCUGGUAGAUUUGGGAAAGAAGCUUUUAGAAGCAGCGCGAGCAGGUCAAGAUGAUGAAGUUCGUAUUUUGAUGGCAAAUGGAGCUCCUUUUACCACAGACUGGCUGGGGACAUCUCCACUUCAUCUGGCAGCACAGUAUGGGCAUUACUCCACCACAGAAGUUCUCCUCCGUGCCGGUGUGAGUAGGGAUGCCAGAACCAAAGUAGACCGAACUCCGUUGCAUAUGGCGGCCUCUGAGGGCCACGCCAGCAUAGUAGAGGUGUUGCUUAAGCAUGGUGCUGAUGUCAAUGCAAAGGACAUGUUAAAGAUGACAGCUCUCCACUGGGCCACGGAACACAAUCAUCAAGAGGUGGUAGAGCUUUUAAUCAAAUAUGGUGCUGACGUACACACACAAAGUAAAUUUUGUAAAACUGCAUUUGACAUAUCUAUAGACAAUGGGAAUGAAGAUUUAGCGGAGAUAUUACAGAUCGCUAUGCAGAACCAAAUCAACACCAACCCAGAGAGUCCCGACACUGUGACGAUCCAUGCUGCAACGCCGCAGUUUAUCAUUGGACCUGGAGGGGUGGUGAACCUAACAGGUCUGGUAUCUUCAGAAAAUUCAUCCAAGGCCACAGAUGAAACGGGUGUGUCUGCUGUUCAGUUUGGAAAUUCCUCUACAUCAGUAUUAGCUACAUUAGCUGCCUUAGCUGAAGCAUCUGCUCCCUUGUCCAAUUCUUCAGAAACUCCAGUAGUGGCCACAGAGGAAGUAGUUACUGCAGAAUCUGUGGAUGGUGCAAUUCAGCAAGUAGUUAGUUCGGGGGGUCAGCAAGUCAUCACAAUAGUUACAGACGGAAUUCAGCUUGGGAAUUUGCACUCCAUUCCUACUAGCGGAAUAGGUCAGCCCAUCAUUGUGACCAUGCCUGAUGGACAACAAGUAUUAACAGUACCAGCAACAGACAUUGCCGAAGAAACUGUUAUAAGUGAAGAACCACCAACUAAAAGACAAUGUAUCGAAAUAAUUGAAAACCGGGUGGAAUCUGCAGAAAUAGAAGUAAGGAGUCUUUUACCCGGAGAGAGAAGCUCUUCAGAAACAGCUGGAUGAAGCAAAUCGAGAAGCACAAAAAUACCGACAGCAACUUCUAAAGAAAGAACAGGAAGCAGAGGCCUACAGACAGAAAUUAGAAGCCAUGACUCGUCUUCAGACUAAUAAAGAAGCUGUUUAAUUGAAUAUGUAGUUUGAUUUUAAUUUUGGUCAAGGAAGAAUACAAUCUUGAACUGUACGCAUUAAAAGUACAGUCAUGAAAAUACAGAUAAUAGAAGAGACUUCAGAUUGAUAAUUGGACUUAAGCCACAGGCUCUGAAUUCUUGUAACAUAAAACUUUAGAAGUUGUGAAAUGUAUUUAAAACUGAAUUCUGUAAAUAGUUUUUUUUUUUUACAGUUCAAAUGAGUUGAUAAAGAUUGUUGAAGAGAUCUAAAACCACAACAAGCCACUGUUUUUGUGAAUUCUUUUUGAUUUUACUACAAACCUUGAUCUCUCAAACAGAACAGUUUUAAGGGUGAUCAUUGCUGAUUAGACCAAAUGUUGUGUAAUAAUUAUGGUGGACCGAUGCUGGAAUUACUCCUGUAGGUAUAAACUUCUAUAUGAAGGGAAGAUUUCUUCCAGGAAAUCUUUGUACAGCUUUAAGUUGUCUCAGAUUCUCUGAAAACAUUUUUUAGAGAGCGAAAUUUUUAUAUUCGUUCAAUUUCAGCAAUACCCAAGUAGAUUUACAUGUAUAUGAAGCAAGUAUUUUUUAAACUUUUUGUUUGUACAUAUUCUGCAUGUUUUAUAAUUUCAAAGUGCAUAACCUGCAAAGGUAUUUUUCCCACAAAGAUGAUGAAAGUUACUAGGAAAAAGAAAAACCACCUUUUAUUCUACAGGUCAUUGGAACUAAGCAAGCUAACAGCUGGUUUUAUUGGAGUGACAAUGUUCUUGGAAGGAGCAGCUUACAAAAUAACUUGAAUUUACGAACCCUGCACAAUCUAUGCUUUUUUGAAAAUUUCACAGUGGGGACGUGAAACUGUAUUCUGUGCCUUCCAUCUUGAUUUCCACACGAUAGCACUUUAAGGCACUGGGUUUUAAAAUCAUGUUUUUGGGAAACUCAGUGAAUGUGAGUUUCCGAAAUACUUCAUGGACUUAUUUCCCCCUCUCCAGGAAAUUAUUCUCAAGGAAAAAAAAUUGCUUUUGUAUGUAGAACAAGAACUUUUUGUACUGCAGUGAUGCUCUCGAUAAGACUAGCGCCAAGUUUAACUUUCCCCUGUGAAAGCUUAGCAUCUGUGCUAUGGCUUAGCUCUCAUGCCAGGGUUGUUGCAGUCCACAGUGUGUGGAUGUGAGACUGGCAGACUGUUCAUUCUUUUUUGUAAAACAUAAAAACAGGCCCUUAUUUCUUGCUUUAUUUUUAAUGUUUUAUUGCUUUAUUGAAGAUGCUUAACCCUAAGACCCCCUCUAGACUGCCUAUAAUGUGUAAAGAAGCAGUUACCCUUAAAACUGUACUCUGCCUACUUUUCUAUUUUACAAUUAAAUAUCUUUUCCACAUA